GAUUUUGCAAUUUUCUCUCUAGAAUCUUCGAUUCUUCACCGUUUUUUGCGAUUUCAGUGCCUAAAUUCAUUAGAAUUUCAUCCUCUUUCCAACCCAAUUGUCAAUUUCUCCGAUCUGCAAGAUCGCUAGGCAGAAAAAGCGUCAAAAGCAAACCGGCAAAAGUGGUUCUUCCUCCUCUCGCCGCUGCCUUCUCCGACCACUGUACAGCCGCCGGCGUCGCCUCCUUCAGCCUCUCCAGAGACACCGGUUGCUCCCAAUUCUCAUCAUCCAUGGCCACGUUUGGAGGAAAAGUAAGAUUCGAUGUCGACGGAUUUGGGAUGAUGAUGUUCGAUUGUUCGGAAGGAAUUCGAGAAGAGUGAGUAUAUCAAUCGACCCUUUUCUCUAGAUUGGGAUGAUUACGACUCCUUGUUUUACAAUGCUUGGUUAGAAGUUGUGUUUAAGCCUACUAGGGUAGCGGAUUUAGGUUGAUUGAGAAGAAUGGGAAUUGAGGAUAUGGUUUGGGGAAUGUUAGGAGCUAUCGGUUUAGGGAUGAUAUGCACUAAGCAGUAUGAUAUGUUUCCGAAGUUGGUUAGGCAGUUCCUAGCUACUGUUAGGGUUGGUUAUGACAAUGAGAGAGUAAAGAAUGCUCGAGAGGGUUUUAUUAGCUUCUUUAUCCGAGGAGUGCGUUACAGUUUGCUGUUGCGUGAGCUUUGUGAGAUUUAUGGGUUUGAUGGUGAUGCACCACACGUGGCACUUCCCGAGCGCUUUGAUGGUAUUCAAGAUUUCUGGUCCUAUUUUGGGAAUGGAAUUUAUGACUCCAAGCACUCGGCACAGACUAAUAUCAGACACCCGGCUUUGACAUAUGUUUCUAGGCUUCUUUGCAACACUCUGUUGUGCAAGAUGGAGCCUGGUAAGAUGAGACAUUCUAAGGUGAUGCUCCUCAAUUAUGCUGUUGGUGAUUCUUGUGUUGCAGGUUCAGAGGCGGAUGAGUGUGACCGGAAUGUGAAUUUCGGAGCUGUUUUCGCACAUCAGUUGGUCAAGAUUAAGUAUCGACCUUUCAAUGGUACUGGAACUAAGACCGAGAGUGUUGGUAGUCUUCUCACCCCUAUCUUCCAACAUCUGGGGAUCAGCACUGAUGGGGUAGAGAUUUCGACAUUGAGGUCUACGAUGGAUGAGGCUUAUUUGAAGCAUGCACAGUGGCUCAAGGGUAACCUGCUUUGGAGUUUCUCUGAUGAUAGGGGGAGUCACUUGAUUCAGCUUCCUCAGCCCGAGCUGACUAUUAUCACAAGAGAAUUUGUUGUCGAUUUUGCUUUGUCAAAGCUUGAUUUCUCGGAUAUCUGCAUUGGUGUCGGUCGACACUGCCUCUACAACCACAAAAUUAGCAUCACCCUUCUCAACUUCAACGAACUCAUCUUCACUUUGCAUCAAAACGGCAUGGUAAGUAGUCAUGAGGGUGACCUCAAUCCUUCCAAGAGGGGAUAUCUCUAAGAUCCUCUUCUGAUUUUCUUGAAUCUGUUCCGGCAUGGAUGCCAUCUUACUCGUAGAAGUGGGGGGAGGGUGGGCUUGGUAAGAAUAGGAACAUUAAUUCCUGGUGAAAUUGCUUAGAAAAGCCAUCUUUGUCAGCUGCCAAGUUGUCAAAGAUCUUGGAAUCAACUCUUUAAGCCAAG